UAUAGUAUUUAUAUCAAUGGUAUUGCUAUUUUGAAUAUAUGUAGAGACCAGUUAUAACUUUAUAAGGAAAGAUAAAAGCUUUUUAUUUCAUGACUCAUAACAGUCAAAAGCAUGAGCUCUCAAUAUUAUUCAAAAACAUUUCACAUUUAAAAACAUAUGCAUACGCAUAACCAAAAUGACAAAAUAGAUUUUAAAAUCUAAUGAUGAAAAUUAUUUAUUAAAAUAAUUACAUAAUGUGACCAUGAUGUGGCAUGUUGAACAUCCAUCCUACUAUUGCUAUUUAAAAUAGUAAGCUAAUAUAAAAGGGCAUUUAGAGAUGGAUUUGUAGUGUUAAAAUCUGAGCACCUUCAGAAAAGACAAUAUUAAAUUAUUUGUAUUUGUGAGUGUACAGUAAGUUAUAAUCAGAAAUAAAAUAUAAUUAUUUAACAAAUCAACUAUUCUAUAUUUUUACUUCUUUAAUACAUAAAAGAUCAAACUACUACUAAGUGACUAUCACUUCUAUAACUACAUUAAAACAUUUUCUUUAUAAAGUUAUAUUAUUUUUUAUAUUGCUACUAUAUUAUCAACACAUAAUUGGUUUACAUUGUUUCAAUGCAGUGCCAUUACUCCUCUUUAUUGUGCUCCUCAAGGGUUUUGGCCUACCAUAUUAAUGAAACAUUGGUUACAUUGUUUCUCUAUUCUACUCUUCAUACUCUGUCCGCAAGUACGGUACAGCAUUCUUUUAUAUUUGGACAUUGACAUCGGCAUCAUUAUAGUGUUAAUAGUAUUCCACUUUCUGGUCGUGCCCGUGUUAGAUAUAAACACCAAUGAGAACAUCAUAAUUACAGUAACUAUGGUAGCCACUGUGACUUGUUUCUAUUUUGCCAAGAAACUCGCAAUCAAAUCUCAUCUUAAAUAUGAUCUAGAAAUGACAAAUGUCAAUGGAAGAAACGAAAAUAUAGUUUUAAUGAAUGAAACUGUAACUAUUCAAUGCAUUAUUUGUAAAAGGGAUGUACUGUCCAGAACAUAUCACUGUCUUGUGUGUAAGAGUAAGACCUAUGUGAUUCAACAACACAUCAUUCUUAUUGGAUAGACCGACGAUAGACAGGAAAGCAUAAUAGGAAACCAUAAAUGACUGGUCUGGUACUCGGUUCAGUUUGGUUUACAUUCUGAUCAAAUCUCAUCCUGACUACCCUAUGUCAACCUUUCAAAUUUUUUUGCAACAAUCGUGUAACCCGAUGACUGUAGUGAUGUAAAUUAUUAUAUAAUGCAUGGCUAAUUAUAUUAUUAGGCGUGAUAUUAAGUAAGACAAUGUUAAAUAUAUUAUUAUAUAUUAUCAUAAUACAUAUUGAUUCGUUAAAAUGUAUACAUAUAUACAUUUUUAUAUCAAAUAUCGAAAAGAUACCUCUUGGACACUAAUUAAAAAAACGUAUGACAUUUAAUAA